AUGAGAUAUACGAAAAUAUUAUUGAUUGAAGGAGAAAUUAUUUUUGGUCUCUCAUUAUGGUGCUUAUCCAAUAUCCGCACAGCGAUUGGCUGUGAAGAAAAAAGUACCAUUGCCUUUGAAUCCGGUAUUUACAAUUUCGUAUCGACAAUAUUCAUAUCUAACGUACCUAAUCUAACAAUAACAGGACAAGAAAUGGACCAAACACUAUUAAUUGGUAAUGCACCAAUAAUAAUAUUGUGGCUUUGCUGUUCAUGUCGACAAUACUUAUCUCGAUAUAUUGAAGUUCAACUACCUCAUCGAAGUGGUAUUGGUUCAGAUGCUUUUCAAAUAUUUCAAACUCCACCAACCAACACCAAUGCUAGCCUUGUUUCUACUGGUAUAUUACGCAUACCUUUAAGAUCUCCUACAAAAUUUGCUUUAAGAGAUUCUAUUUUAGCUAUAUAUAAUUCACAAAAGCAUGUUAUUAUCGCACAUUAUAUGACAAAUUUUACAAUUUAA